AUGAAAGAAUUGGCUUCAUAUACACAUAUUGAAUCAACUCCUCGAUAUCAAGCAUUGAUCGAUAUGGUUAAUACAAUUAAUACAUCACCUCGUUGUCGUCAAUAUAUGUUGAAAUGGAAUUUAAGAUUAGGCGAUAAUUUAGUUGAACUUGAAGAUCGUACACUUGAAGCUGAAACAAUUAAUUAUAGUGAUCGUUCAGUCAGAUAUAAACAACAAGAGACUGAUUGGAGUCGUGAUGGUCGUAAUUGUCGUCAUAUAAAACCAGGUCAUUUGGAUAAAUGGCUUGUAGUUUAUGAAAGAAAACAAAAACCGAUUGUUAAUGAACUUAUUAAUACACUUUAUAAUGUGUGCACACUAAUGGGUAUGCGAGUAGAAUAUCCUGAAAUAGCUGAAUUACAAAAUGAUCGACCAGAAACAUAUUUAAAAGCAUUAGAACAAAAUUGUUUUAAUCAACAAUAUAAUCUUGUUCUUUGUGUAUUAAAUAAUAAUCGAAAAGAUCGUUAUGAUGUAUUAAAAAAAUUUUCAUGUAUGGAUACAGUUAUUCCAUCUCAAAUGGUACUUUUAAAAACUUUAAAUAAACAUGGCCAAUUAAUGUCAGUAGCAACAAAAAUUGGUGUUCAAAUAUCAGCUAAACUUGGUGAAGAAAUUUGGUCGGUUACAAUUCCGUCAAAAAGUUUAAUGAUUAUUGGUAUUGAUUCAUAUCGUGAUAUAAAUAUAAAACGUAAACAAGUAUCAAUAGCAGCAUUUGUUGCAACAACAAAUCCUCAAUGUACAUCAUAUUAUUCACGUAUUAUUAUGCAAACAACAACACAAGAAUUAGUUGAUGGUAUAAGUGUUUGUAUUCGAGAUGCAUUAAAAGCAUUUUUUAUGCAAAAUAAUGCAAAGCCUGAACGUAUUGUUAUCUAUUGUGAUGGUGUUGGUGAUGGACAACUUCAAGCUGUUUAUGAACAUGAAUCACCACAAAUUGAAGAAACAUUUAGUAAAGUACAAGAAGGUUAUACACCUAAAUGGGCAAUGAUUAUUGUUAAGACACGUGGAACAAUUAUUGAUCAUACGAUAACACAUCAAAAUUGGUUUGAUUUUUAUCUUAUUUCACAAUGUGCAAGACAAGGUACAGCAGCACCAACACUUUUUAAUGUUAUUUGGGAUCGAACAACAUUUAAAGUUGAUCAUAUUCAACAACUUACAUUUAAAUUAUGUCAUCUUUAUUAUAAUUGGCCAAUGUCUGACUGUAACGGUGACGGUGAUGGUAAGAAGUAUGAUCCAUUAAAGAAGCUACAAGAAAUGGUUGACAAGCUACCACCAGUUGAUGAAACAUCAACUGAUCAAUCAAAUCAACAACAACAACGGCAGCAAAAAAAUCGAAAAAAACAAACUCCUGUUUAUACGGUUGAGGAUGUUGAUGAUGAUGAUGUAAUAGUUACUGGUCAAAAUCAUGCUAAUCAAGGUGGUGGUACAGUUGGAGUUGGUCUUAAUCAAGGUGGUGGUACAGUUGGAGUUGGUCUUAAUCAAGGUGGUGGUACAGUUGGAGUUGGUCUUAAUCAAGGUGGUGGUACAGUUGGAGUUGGUCUUAAUCAAGGUGGUGGUACAGGUGUAGCUAGUUUUAAUCAAGGUGGUCAUAUAGGUGCAACUCGUUCUAAGCAAGGUGGUCUAAUAUUUGAAAUGCAAUCGCACGAUAUUAGUGAUUUGAUUGCAUUAGCAGCUGAAGAUUUGGUGUAUUUGUUAUUGCGUUUGGCUGUGCUUGGAUGUAAAAUAAUCUAUUUGUUAUUUAAAAAGAUUUUAUUUUUUAUAUAA